AGUACUGGAUCAUCAUGAAGGCUUACAUCCUGUGUAUUCUGGUGACUUCGGCCCUUGCCGCUCCAUCAUCCAUCCCUCGCUUCAGGAGAGGCCACCUCAGGAUUGUUGGAGGUUCGUCAACCACUCCGGGUGAGAUCCCCUUCCAGCUGAGCUUCCAGGACACUUCCUUCGGCAACAACUUCCACUUCUGCGGGGCUUCUGUCUACACACCUGACACUAUGAUCUGCGCGGGACACUGCGUCCACGGGGACAACUACGAUAAUCCUGUUAAUUUGAGAAUCGUCGCUGGUGACUGGGACUUGUUCAAAGACGAGGGCACUGAACAACCUCGUCGGGUCGUCAAAAUCAUUUUGCACGAGAGAUACAACCAGCAUAACGUCAAUAACGACAUCUCCUUGCUGAUGGUUGACUCUCCCUUGGAGUUCAACGAUUUUGUGAAGAGCGUUACAUUGCCCGAACAAUUACAGGAGUUCACUGGUGAGGCUCAGGUGACAGGUUGGGGCACUCUCACGGAAAGUGGCGGUAGCCCUGCCAUUCUCCAGAAGGUGACAGUUCCUAUUGUCAGUGACGACGACUGCCGCGCCAGUUACGGAGCACAAUCAAUAAUUGAUUCCAUGAUCUGCGCCGGAGAAGCUGGCAAGGAUUCCUGUCAGGGUGACUCUGGUGGCCCCAUGACCUGCGGUGAAUUCUUUUGCGGCAUUGUCUCAUGGGGAAGAGGAUGCGCCGAAGCAGGAUAUCCUGGUGUUUACACUGAGGUAUCCUACUUUGUGGACUGGAUCAUUGCUAACGCUGCUUAAUAGUCCGAUAAUCCAAUUUUCUAAGAAAACAUUUUCAAUACAUGACUAAAAAUUAAUAGUUAUUAGAGUAGAUUUUCCUGAAAACUAUGUGGCUACAAAUAUUUAUUUUUGAUAUGAAGUUCUGAAAUAAAGUCGCAGAGAUGGAUAAUAGAUGCUGAUAACCCGUGGAAUUCUAACAUACUCCGGAUUGAUCUAUUGAUUAAAGUGGUUUAUAACGAUGACUAGUAAAAAUUUGCUGCAUGCA